AUGCAGAUGGGAGAUGUAGGAGCCAAACUAAGCAUCGACUUUGUAGUCUCAACUGGUGACAAUUUUUACAGUGACGGUUUGAAUGGAGUCAAUGAUACUGCUUUUGCCGAAUCUUUCUCUAAGAUAUAUACGGCAAGAAGCCUCCAGAAACCAUGGUAUGCAAUACUGGGGAAUCAUGAUUAUCAUGGGAAUACUGAGGCACAGCUGAGCCCAUUGCUCAAGAAACGAGACCGUCGAUGGAAUUGCUUCAGGUCUUACAUUGUUCAAGCUGGUAGUAUUCGCUAA